UCUUCACAGAAAACCAUGGCUUCUUCUUCUUGUCUCUCUUGGCUCAUCUCUUUCUUCUCUCUGCUCUCUCUUCUCUCCUCCGUUUCUUCGUUAGCAGAUAGCAAAUCUACCACUCUAACAAUCUCUCUCACACAAUUCAACAAGAAACCCUCCGCAGAUCCAUGGCAGAAGCUCACCCACCUCGCUUCCGCCUCCUUAAUCAGAGCCCGACACCUAAAGAACCCUCAAGGUUCUGUUCUCUCUAAAACCCCUCUUUUCCCUCACAGCUAUGGAGGAUACUCCAUUUCCCUCAGCUUCGGUACUCCACCUCAGACCGUCCCCUUCGUCAUGGACACAGGUAGUGAUCUGGUCUGGUUCCCUUGUACCCACCGUUAUACCUGCAGGAACUGUUCUUUUGCAAACCAGAACCCCUCAAGCAUCCCAACUUUCAUCCCCAAAUUGUCAUCUUCCGCCAAGAUUGUAGGGUGCGAAAAUCCAAAAUGCAGUUGGCUUCACAACUCUGACGUUCAAUCGAGAUGCAGUGGUUGCGAACCGAAUUCGAGAAAUUGUUCACAGAUCUGCCCUCCUUACAUAAUUACCUACGGUUCCGGAUCAACUGGUGGUAUUCUACUCUCUGAAACCCUCGAUUUUCCAGAGAAGAAGGUACCUAAUUUCAUCGUCGGAUGCUCUGUUUUCUCCACACGUCAACCCUCUGGAAUAGCCGGAUUCGGGCGAGGCCCAUCGUCGAUACCGUCGCAGCUUCUCAUAAAGAAGUUCUCUUACUGUCUCCUCUCCCACCGUUUCGACGACACCAGGGAAAACAGUUUACUCGUCUUAAAUGAUAACUCAGGUUCCGGCAACAAUAAGACCGGCGGUGUCACCUACACACCAUUCGUGAAGAACCCAGUCACCGGAAGACCUGCAUUCUCAGUCUACUACUACAUCGGCCUGAGGAAAAUCACCGUCGGAGGAAAAAAAGUGAAGAUUCCUUACAACUAUCUCUCACUAGGAUCUGACGGUAAUGGCGGAACGAUCAUAGAUUCAGGGUCGACGUUUACGUUCAUGGAGAAACGAGUGUUUGAUUUGGUGGCACAAGAGUUUGAGAACCAAGUGAAGAGUUAUAAGAGAGCUCUGAACAUGGAAUCGGUCACUGGGUUGCGACCCUGUUUCGAUAUAUCGGAAACAAAGGAUGUGUCGUUACCGGAACUGGUUUUUUACUUCAAGGGUGGAGCAAAGAUGGCUUUGCCGGUAGCGAAUUAUUACUCGCUUUUCGGAAACACUGGGGUUGUGUGUAUGACUUUGGUAACGGAGGACCUCGUCAGACCCGAAAUAUCGGGUGGACCGACUAUUAUUUUGGGGAAUUAUCAGCAGCAGAAUUUUUAUGUUGAGUAUGAUUUGGAGAACGAGAGAUUUGGGUUUCGGCAGCAGAGUUGCGGCAAGUGAUACGGGAUUGUAGCGUAUCGGUUACUAAGUCUUGAGUC